UUUUAAACUUCUUUGUUUGCGACGUGUACUGUGCAGUCCUCCUGUUCUCCCCCCCGGACACCAACAUAUGAAGCAGUGGCUUGCCUAUUUGUAGAAACACGUACGUUCUUCAAGAUGGCGAUGGUCCUCAUUGUCCUCGUCGCUCUGCGUGUUUUCACCAGUAUCUUCCAGUCAUGCCGGCCCACGACGGUGGUCUUCGUUCACGCCCAGUCCGACGUGGAGCUUUCUUCGUUCAUGGUGGAGGGUUCGGCGCUCGACACGGAGGGUUUGGGCGUGACGCUGACCAAGGAAGCGACCCGAGAGCUGGAUGGCAUACGGCAGGGCUUCUGGCCCGGAACGAACGAAACGGAGAUUUAUCACGGGCCGAUAGAACAAAAAGUCCGCCCUGCAGGUGCGGGCACCGCGAGGAGACCUGCUAGAAGUACAACCGGCAGCACAUCGAGCCGCAUUAUUUGCUCCUCAUCAGGUAGUACUAGUACAAAUACAAAAGGAACGCGAAGUGCGGAAGUAGAUGAUGUUGGAACAAACCCGUCUCCUGCUCCAAGUACCACGAAGAACUUUAUCGCAGUGAACCCCGCGACGAGUGUUUUUUUCCAGCAGUAUAAUGAGACCAGCUCUAGUACUACUGCGUCUUGGUGUGGCAGCCGGACCGCUGCCGAUCAUGCGAUGAUCGAGCGAUUGCUGCGUUUGGACGAGGGAGAAGAGCUGGUGAACCCGGAGAUCACGUAUUUCCCCGGCAUCGAGGAGCAGCUGCAGGAACUACCGCCCGCCCGCUCCGUGGCACCCGAGCCCAGCGACGCGAUUUUGUUUGACGGGGUGUGGCAGUUGUGGGACUCGUUGGGAACGACGAGACUGCAAGAGCUGUACAUGAAGGUCUUGCACACCGUUGGGGGACACAAGAAUUUGAAACUGGUCAGGAAGAUGGAAGAAAAAUUAAAACAGUAUGAUGUUCUUGCAAGAACAAAUAAAACCUCUGACGCCAAGACUGGUGUCGGAGCGACGGAAUGGCCUUCGACUUCCUCUGGUGUAGUCGAGACUGCGAGCGCAUUAUCAACUAGAGAAGGCCAAAAUUAUCCAGCUGGACAAAAGGCCGCGCCCGAAACUGUAGUGUCUGGUGGGCAAUCAUCGACCCAAAAAAUCUCCGCAGCAACGGCUUCCCAGCAGGUACAAGCUAACAUGGUUGCCGCGUUCGAAAAGAGAAAAGCGCAGCCUCUUCCGCUACCGCAAAAAUAUGAAAGGAAAGCGCGGUCGUCGUCCCGGUCCCCCUACUCGUUCCACGACUGCAUUCAGCAGACCAACUGCCACGUGCGGAACCUUUGCCUGUCCCCGAACGGGAAGCAGUUCAUCUACACGAAAAACAAGCAUAGUAUCUACUACGAUUUGAUCCACAAAACGACUUCAAGAAGAUCCGAGGGGGUGAUCUACCCCUACACCCAGAUGGACUUCAAACGCUUCCGCAAAUCCCCGCGGGCCUUCCGGUUUCUGUUCCAAAACCCGUGGAAGCAGGUCCACCCGUAUUGGCCGGAGAGCCGGAUUUUGGAGCUGAUGGGAAUGAGCAUUUCGCCCAGGAGCAACGAAAUGUUCGCGCCCUUAAGGGAGAUGCAAGUGUGGCAGGGUACGGAAGACAAAGAUUCGAAGCGGUCGAGUUCUCAUCUUCCUUACCCGUAUGUUUCCUCAUCUACGCCAGAACAAGCAGAAAAAACGGAAACCAGAGGGACGUCGACAAAUGAAGCGGUAUUAAAGUCGCAUCAAAAAGAAGUCCACAUCGUCAUCGGCAAGCCCCCGCCCGACGAUGUUCUGGUGAGCAACUUGAGCGCUUUCACCACGCGGAAACACACACUGCAAACAGCUCUGGAUGUGGCGUGGCAGAUCUUCGUUGCGCUGUCCCGCUGGGGGUUUCUGAAGGCGGACUACCAGAAAGUCGGGGACAAAAUGCGCCGGGCCUUUUCAGCAAACGAAAGAACACCUACAGGAACAACGCGGCCCGCUACAGCAGAUACCGCUUCAUCACCAUCUUCAGUGGCAGUAAAGACAGUGAAGGACGAGAUCCAGAAAAUUCUCCGCGCCCACCCGAAAGUUCAUGUUUAUCUCGUGGACGAAAUGGAUCACACUGUCUAUCAAAAGGAAAAAUCCCCCCACCCCGUAUCGAAAAAGUAUCCGUCUGAAAAUUUGUGAUGCGCAUUUGUGACCUCAAAUCCUGUCUGUCUUGCAAGAAGGCAAGUCCAGAAAGCCUUCCGCAUUUCGCAGGCGGUUUGUCAUGCUGCUUGGCUUAGAGCAUACACCUUUGUCAUGCUAGGUGCCUACGCCAAAACUUCUCGACUGAGGCUUGCCAUAUGCCUGCACUCCUCUACUGCAAGACAAAUCUGAUUUGUGUAUGGAAAUCCAGCAUCAGAAACUUCGUUUCGAUAUGGGGAGGGGGGAUUUUUCCUUUUGAUACUGUCGCAGACGAGUUUUUUACGAAGCGGAAGAAGAAGCGGACGAACGCAAGGCCGGGACAUGUUUUAAGGAUGCAAAAGAGGAACAGCACGAUAAGGUCUCCUCCGUUCGGAAGCAAUGGUGGAGAACUACAUACGAAUUCUGGUGGUACUGACUCUAGUGCAACUACACAAGCCGCGGCCUCGUCUUCCCCUGCUGUUCACGCCAGCAAAUUUGUUCCAAUCAUGCAAAAGAACAAAAAGCCUCGCGACCAAUCCAAUUUCCUGGAAGAAGUUCUCCUCGCCACUAUUACAAUGAAAAAUGCCCCCUCCCCAUAUCAAAACGGAAAUCUGUGAUGCAGAUUUGUGCUCACAAAUCAGCUUUGUGAUGCUACAAGGCAAAAGAUGCGGACUGUAGUGCUGUCUAGCGUGGGAAAGCCUUGCAGCUCCAGGAUGGCAGGAGGCAACUGGAAGUGGGAAACAGCAUGACAGAUUACCUGCAAUGUAGGCCGCAGCUUCGUCUCUUGGCCUUCUAGCAAUACAAGUCGAUUUGUGUACUCAAAUACAGCAUCACGAAUUCGCGCAUCUUCCGUUUUCGUUAUGGGGUGGGGGCUUUUUUCACUUUGAUAGCCACCAUCGCCAGCACCGUCACGCCCUUCCGGGAAAUGCCCCGGGGCAGGUGUUUUCAGCACGUCAUCCUUGGUUGGCGGCACUGGCCGUGGUUUGACCCGGAUUUGGUGUGGAAAUACGAGCAAAACACGAUCUUGAAGCACAAAACCGGGAACGGAGUGGACCCGGUGAUGCUGGACGGAUUCCGGAAUUACCUGUUCCUCCGACUCGGCAUCGACGGGAAGGAACUGAUAAGAAACGCGCGGGCAGUGGAGAUCGUGCGAGAAGAAAUUAAUGGUGCUAGUACUUCUGCUGAAGCUCUUGAAUUACCAAAGGCACAGAAGAAGGGCAAGCGGCCAGUCAUCGCCAUUGAAAAAAUCGACAAGCGGAAGCCCAAGGUUAUCAUUUUCCGAAACCACAGGCGAGCAGUUCGUGCCGUUUCACCAAUCCUUGUCGCAGCCGCGGCGUCAAGAACACAAUCGACACCAGGCGAGCAAGACCUUAUUUCAUCCGGAGGACAACGUCCUCAAAGCGGUAAAAACUACAACAAGGACUUCGCCGCCACCAUCGGUGACCUUUCAAACGCGGAAGAGGUGGCGGAGUAUUUGCAGAAACGGUUCACGAAGACCGGCUUAUCCUCAUCUGCAGGACAUGAUGUCCCCGUGCUUCCACCAGUCGCACCUUUCGACAUCGAGAUUCUGGACCCGAUGCAGAUGCUGGAGGAGACGGAAAGCCUCUCCGGACGGGAGUACCUCCUCCAAACUGUGACAAAAUCCCUGCAAACCGACAUUUUCAUUGGGUACGAUCCUCUCGCCCCCGCGGAUUUUCUCUUUUCCCCGAGGUACGCCGGACUGAUCGCCCCCUGGCUCACGGGCGAGGACAGAACGGAACGGGUGUUCCAGUUCGACCGGCUCUACAAGCAACUACCCCAUCGACUAAUCACGCACUACGGGGUCGCCGUCACCGGACGCCAAGGCCGGGCCUUGAGCAGUUUCCUAAGUGCGAGUUGUCGGGAGGCAAUCGGACUGCUCGGGGGCGGCGGCGGAGGUGCUGCUCAGGAAGAGAUGACGCCAGAAGCGGUAGGCGCAACGACUACGGGCGGUGGAUCCACCUCAGGUGGGCAAACAACGUCCAAAGGCUCCUCGAAGCAGAGCAGUGAGGCCCGAAAACACGCAGAGCUCAUUGCCGAUAUGAUCGAGACGGGUGGUGCGUACGGCAGCCGGCCGACAACCUCCUUCACAGCGCCGAGGAACGACCAUGGCGAAGACCACUUGGAUGACGACCAGCAGCGGCUGAGUGAAGCCAUUGCGCAGAGUUGCGGGACGACUACUAGUGGCUCCACUUUUGCACCACAACAAACACUACAGCGGACGAGUCAACACAGUCUACAAAACAGCCAACAGCAGCUGUCCUCCCUGGUCCUUCACCCAUCCAGGAAGGAACUGGGCGGGCUGAAAGGCGUCAUCCUGGGCCACCCCUACCCCUUCAACAUCACGGAAACCGAGCAGUUUCGGCUUUCGGGGCUCCCAGAACUCGGCGAUUACUUCGCGGAGGCGGUAGAUUUUCUGCGAAUCAACAACCGCGUCAGGUUUUCGAGGAGCGAGUUCGAGCAGAUUUUCAAACAGGAAGUCGACAAACCGCGCGUGAAAAACCGCGUGUUCAAGCGGCCGAAGCAGUCGCCGCACCAACUCGCGUAUUUGGCUCGGAUUUUCAACGGCAAGGGGGAUUUUGAACGGGUCGUGGAGGAUGUCAUAAACUUUCACAAGGGGAAGAAGUGAGCGGGUGGUUGCUAUGUCGUGGCACAACAUGAGGACCAUUGCCGUCGUCCAGGAGUUGGUUUGUCAGGAGCUUCUGCGCUAGUAGCUGCAUAGUACCCGCAAUUAUGUUAUGUGCCAGUUUUUCAUCCUGCUUGUUCAGACCGCCGGUCUUUGGAGAAGAGGCCAGCUCGGAGAGCUCUCUUUUGGUAACAUAUUCCAGGCCUUGUCGUGUACGCAGCGGACUUUUCGAGAUCAAGAUUUAUUUUUGACAGUCAGAAUUUCACCACAAUUCAGAUGCUGCUCUUUGUGAAAUGUAGAAGUUUCGCUCGGGAAUACAGGAAGGAAACGCGGGCGCCUGUCUUUCGUACUCGGAGUACCUGCAAGGCGUCCCGAGUGUAACUCAGGACGGCGAAGCUGGCUGGACGACGCAAAUGUGAAAGAAGAAACGUGCGCAGUCUCGCGACAGUCCUCGCACGAAUUACAGGCGCGCUACGAAAAGCACAUGAUAGCGAGGGGGAAGCCGUUUUCGAAUGAUCAGGAUGCUGGAAGUGACUGUUUCCUGGGAGACUAUUGCAUUUGCACCAUAUUAAUAAGACUUCUAGCGCAUCUUAACUCGAACUCGAACGCACCUCGGUCUAGCCAAGCUGUUUUCUCGUGUUGUUUCGAAGAAGAUUUAUUGUGAAGCUGAAGUAAAAAAAAAUUGAUUAUGAUAGAAUGAUGAAAUGAAGAU